UUAAAAAAUUUGAAUUUACCUCUCAUUUAUUUAAAAGAAGUCAUUGGUCAGAAUCAAACCCAAGCGUUUGCUGUUUGUUUCUCUCUGAUCAUGCAGUUUCAAUGGGACUUUAAAUGUGAUGAUUCCUGUCAUUUCUGGGAUUCGCUUUAGGAGUUAAGGAUUAAAUGUUUAGGAUUAUUAUAAAGUGUCUAUGAUUGGUUGAUCAGCUGAGAUGCGAAUCAUCAAGCAAGAUAAUCGUAACUUUAAUCUGGAUUUUGAUGACUUCGAUUAUGAACCCAAUUUCCCAAAGAUUUUGACCAACCAACCUUUACCAGAUUAUGACAAGUUUUGGAGCAACUGGUUCUCAAGUUCCUGGUUUAAAGAAAUGUUAAGAUUGAUGUUAAAUCCUCGCAUCUCCUCGCCUACCAAAAUCCCUUCUUAGUCAGUAUAACGGCGAUUUCAAUUGUUACCAGUUAAUCAUGAACAGCCAGUGUAAAUCUCAAUAACAUCGCUCAACUUCUUCGAGAAUCUCUACCAAGAAGCAACUAUUAAUGUUUAUGUUUACCCAAUUUUGAUGAUUCUUCACGUUUUAAUUCAGGAUUUCCCUGUUGACGCUCAUGAUCAAAUUUCUGAGUCACUUUUGAAUCAUUUAACUGUUAAUAGCUAAAUUUGGAAGUAAAUUUUGAAACAUUUGGCAAUAAGAUACCUUUUUAUGGUUAAAUCUUAUGAGUUGAGUCUUAAUUUGUCGCUUGAUUCUAUUCGAGCUUCCGUUUGUCUUCUAAUCAUUUGUUCUCGAUAUUUUAACGUUUUAACUUUUCAAUAUAAUUGAAGUGAGCUCAAGUAAUUAUUGUCAGUGAUUAUUACCAUUUAAACGUAUUUUAAUCAAAAUAAUGUCAACGCCAAUCAAAACAUUAUUUCUAGCAAGGGUUAACCAAAAGUAACAUUUCUUGAAGAUACAUGCGAAACAUUGAAGAGCCCUUAAGUGAUGAUUGCUAUUAUUUAAUGGAGAUGAUAAUGGUAAUGAUGAUCGGUGCAGGCAACAUAAUUUUACUUUUGUUACCCCUUAAUUUUACAAUUAAUGAAAACAAUUACCUUAAUCAUUUCUUCCUUCCUGCCUUGUUACCUAAAAGCAAGUUACUGUCAACUUAAUCGAUUGUGAUUCUUGCAAUCAAUAUGCUUUCAUUAAUUGACUGUGGAAUUGGAAAUGAGUGGGAAAAAAGGACAGAAAAGCAUAUCCAAGGAAGGAACAAUUUGUUUAGUUGAAUUAAAUUAUAAUUUAAAGAUAGUUUUAUAGCAACAAAUAAAAUGAAAUCAACAUGAAACGUUAUCUCUUUCAAAUGUUGAAUUGGUUUUCGUUAUUUGUAUGCCUACUCGUCUGUACCGAAAACAGUUUACAUGUCUGUUGUCAAUAUAUCAAUUAGAAGCGACAAAACGAACAAAUGAACCAAAUCGAUGUAUAAACGGUUAUCAGUGACAAUCGCAAGUUUCAGUUUUGGUUAACAUUUCAGCGAGUAACAUACAAAUUGGUAGACAAGACUUUAUGCUAUUGGGGAGACAAAAGGAGUGAAUAACACUUUGACUCAUCUUUCUUUGUAUUUUACUUUUCUUCUUUGUAAACAUUUGCAAAUAAAUAUCUUUGUUAUUGAAUAGUGUCCAUUUCGGAUUAAUUAUUGACUAUUGUGUUGAUCACCGGAAUAUCAAAUUAAUAUGCUGGUGAACUCUGUAUCCAUAAAGAUUGGAUACCUUCUGUUAAUUUCCUUCAAUGGCUAUCUGGUUAAUGGUGAAAAAGGUGGUGCCAAUAUUGUUAUCCAAGGUAAAUCAGAAGGCUCUGGUGGAGGCCAAGUGAUUGUAAAUGCACCCAAAAAGGGUCCUCAAAAUAUUGUGGUUCGUGAUUAUGGAGGAACCGUUGUGUUAAAUAGCCAUAAGAAAGGUGGAGCUAACAUUGUGAUUAACAGCCAUGGUGAGAAGAAACCUCAUCAUAGUCACCAUCAUGCACCUCAUCAUCACCAUGCUCUUCAUGAUUAUGAAUCGCCAAAAAUGAUGCCCAUGUUAGGUGAAGCUGGUUCAUCAUCAUCGGCUAUUCCAGCUUUUGGUACAAGAACAGUUAAACCUUAUGACUCGGAGGAAGUGGCAGAAGAACCCACUCCAGCUGUGACAAGAAAACGAAAAGGAAAUAAAUCAAGGAAGCUUAAGAAAAAGGCAAAAGUUGUUCAAGAACAAAGUGAAUCUGAAGAAGUUGUAAGACCCAAGAUUCGUGGUCGAUCAAAAGGUGACUCUGAGUCGGAGACUGAAACUGGAUCCGAAGAUGAUUCUCAAUCAGAUGCCUAUUCACCUUCAGUUGCUGAAGAGGACCCAUACGCUAAUUACCGUGACGGACCUGGACCUAUUCCUCAAUCAGAUAGAAAAGGAUUAAGAGAGUUGGAGAAAGGUGUUGAAUAUGGAGUCGAAGCACAAGUAGAACAACAAAUUGAAGAGCAAAUUGCCCAAGGUUUACUUGGACAGUUGCCUGAUGACGAAUCAUCUGACUCUGGAUCACCGGCAUCAUCUUCUGGCUCUUCUGGUUCCUCCCCAGGAUCAUCUUCAGGUUCAUCUUCUGGUGAUACAUUUGGUUUCGCUGGUGACUCUGGAUCCGACUCUGGAUCUGACUCUCCUGGCUAUUUUGCAUCUUCAUUCCCAUCCAGUGACCCUUUCAAUUCGGACGCUUUGAAAGGACUCUCUUUAAGUGACGCUCUUUUUGGUUCUGACAAGGAUUCUGGUUCUUCAGACUCGGGGUUAAUGGAUUUACCUUGGUCAAGAAAGUGAUUCGUACAAAAUGGAAACUACAAAUCUUUAAAUAAAUAGCUGCUCAUCAUUGCUCAAGAUCCAAUUCGAGUUCGGGUUCGAGUUCAGGCUCUUUUCAAUCUUUACUCAUACUUUUCUUCUCAUCUUUUACAUUAAUUUCAAUCAUUUCUGCUUUGAAUCGUUUCUCACUAUCCAUUUUCAAUUCAUUUUUAGCUAUUCUGGACAAUUCUUUUCUUCUAAUGAAGUGCUCCACCUGAAAUGGGGAUAAUUAAGAUGUGCAAGCUUUAAAAGCAAUCAAGUCGGAGAUGGUAAUGAUGAGGAACGGAGAGGCAACACCAUAUAUGACAACAAAAAUUAGCAUCAUCAACAAAGAAAAUAAAAGUGCAAGAAUCAGGCUACCAAACCAUUACAAUCUAAUCAUCAUGAGAAAUUGAACUAAUCAGCAUCAUCAUUCUAAAUGUAAAUAAAAGAUAUUCAACAUUCAUCAAGUAGACGGCAUGAAAGCUCAAAACAAUG